AUGGUUUCAUUCGCUCUCUUAUGGAGGCCAAUGUGCCUAUUUCUUUCGUGCUCACAGACUACUUCCCCUGAGGAGUCUAGUUAUCAGAUCGUUGAACAGCUUUAUGGCGUGCCAGAUGGCUGGACAGAAGAUGGCGUGCCGUCUCCAGCGACACCGAUGAAGUUUCACAUGGCCGUCAGCAACGACAGGAUGGCAGAGUUUGAGCAAAGGGUCAUCGAAAUCGCCACGCCUGGUCACCAGCUCUACGGCCAGUUUAUGACACGCGAUGAGGUUGGGGAUUUCUUGCGUCCAUCAAAUGACACCGUGGAUAGGAUUGUUGCAUGGAUGAAAUCGGAGCGUGUACCCAGCGAAUCAAUCGAGAGACAUGCAAAUUGGAUCACGUUCACAGUCCCUGUGUCUCAGGCAGAGGAUAUGCUCAAGACGCGGUUCCACAGCUUCCGCAACGAUGUUAGCCAGGAAACCGCAAUCAGAACGCUGCAAUAUUCCGUGCCACAAGAUAUUCGUGAUUUUAUCCAAAUGAUUCAACCGACAAUCAAAUUCGGGCAGUUCAGUGCCCAGGAAAACCAACCAGACCUUGAGCCUGUGGCUACCCGCUUCGAUGACCUGAAUGUCAACUGCUCAACCACCGUCACCACCAAAUGCCUCCGGAGAUUGUAUGGUAUUUAUGAUACAGAAGCAAAGCCAGAUCCAAGGAACAAGCUGGGUGUGUCUGGGUUCUUGGACCAAUACGCCCGCUACGACGAUUUCCGUGCCUUCAUGCGCACAUAUGAGCCCGAUCACACUGAUGCUAAUUUUAACGUGGUUUCGAUCAAUGGUGGUCGCAACGAUCAAGACUCUUCCUUUGCCAGUACUGAGGCAAGCAUGGAUAUUCAGUACGCGGUAGCAUUGGCCUAUAACACCGAUACGACGUACUACACAACAGGAGGCCGCGGGCCCUUUGUGCCAGAGGUCGAUCAACCCAACGUCGGUAGCUCAUCCAACGAGCCCUACCUAGAGCAACUCCACUACCUUCUCAACCUUCCAGACCAGGAUCUCCCUGCUGUUCUGUCAACCUCAUACGGCGAAUAUGAGCAGAUUAUCCCCGAAUCAUACGCAAACGUCACCUGUAACAUGUACGCCCAACUCGGGGCACGUGGAGUUUCGGUGAUUUUUGCGAGUGGUGACUCUGGUGUUGGAGGAUCUUGCGUGUCCAAUGACGGCACCGGACGGACAAGAUUCAUGCCAACCUUCCCAGCCACGUGCCCCUUUGUCACAUCUGUCGGUGGAACAUAUGGGGUCGAUCCAGAGAAAGCCGUUGGUUUCUCUGGGGGUGGUUUCUCGGAAUACUUCCAGCGUCCGGCUUACCAGGAUGAGAGCGUCCACGGCUAUCUCGAUCAACUGGGUGACAAGUGGGAAGGCCUGUACAACCCAGAAGGAAGAGGGGUCCCUGACGUUGCUGCCCAAGCCAGGGGCUUCGUCUUUGUAGACCACGGUUAUUUCAUGAAGCUUGGCGGCACAAGCGCUGCCGCCCCUGUCUUCGCAGCUAUCGUUUCCCGCUUGAAUGCCGCUCGUUUAGAGCGAGGCCAAGGCAGAAUGGGUUUCCUGAACCCGUGGCUUUACUCGCUCAACAACACGGGUCUCACGGACAUUGUGGAUGGAGGGUCAGUAGGUUGUACCGGAUACUCCGAUGUUGGUGGCCGUGCAUCAAUAGUGCCGCACGCUAGCUGGAAUGCCACCCAGGGUUGGGAUCCUGUCACUGGCCUGGGGACCCCAGAUUUGAAUACUCUCAUUAAAGUUGCGUGUUCAACAGAGGGUACAUGA